CUCGGGGCGGCGGCGGCGGCGGCAGCAGCAGCGGACGGGGCCUGAGGGAGCGUCCAUGGCGCGCGGGCCCCGGCGGGGCGCGGCCGCGGCUUGAGGGGCCAUGUCGGGGUGGUGCGGACCCUCAGCCGCUGCCUGCUGCCGGCCGAGGCCGGGGCCCGCGAGCGCAGGGCGGGCGCGGCGCGCGACGCGGAGCGCGAGGCCCGACGGCGCAGUCGCGACAUCGACGCGCUGCUGGCCCGCGAGCGGCGCGCCGUACGGCGCCUGGUGAAGAUCCUGCUGCUGGGCGCGGGCGAGAGCGGCAAGUCCACCUUCCUGAAGCAGAUGCGCAUCAUCCACGGCCGCGAGUUCGACCAGAAGGCGCUGCUGGAGUUCCGCGACACCAUCUUCGACAACAUCCUCAAGGGUUCCAGGGUGCUGGUGGACGCGCGGGACAAGCUUGGCAUCCCCUGGCAGCACUCUGAGAACGAGAAGCACGGGAUGUUCCUGAUGGCCUUCGAGAACAAGGCAGGGCUGCCAGUGGAGCCCGCCACGUUCCAGCUGUACGUGCCGGCGCUCAGCGCUCUCUGGAGGGACUCGGGCAUCCGUGAGGCCUUCAGCCGCAGGAGCGAGUUCCAGCUGGGCGAGUCGGUGAAGUACUUUCUGGACAACCUGGACCGGAUCGGCCAGCUGAAUUACUUCCCUAGUAAGCAGGACAUCCUGCUGGCCAGGAAGGCCACCAAGGGGAUCGUGGAACACGACUUCGUUAUUAAAAAGAUCCCUUUUAAGAUGGUGGACGUGGGCGGCCAGCGGUCUCAGCGGCAGAAGUGGUUCCAGUGCUUCGACGGCAUCACGUCCAUCCUGUUCAUGGUGUCGUCGAGCGAGUACGACCAGGUGCUGAUGGAGGACCGGCGCACCAACCGGCUGCUGGAGUCCAUGAACAUCUUCGAGACGAUCGUGAACAACAAGCUGUUCCUCAACGUGUCCAUCAUCCUCUUCCUGAACAAGACGGACCUGCUGGUGGAGAAGGUGAAGGCCGUGAGCAUCCGGGCGCACUUCCCCGACUUCCAGGGCGACCCGCGCCGGCUGGAGGACGUGCAGCGCUACCUGGUGCAGAGCUUCGACCGCAAGAGGCGCAACCGCAGCAAGCCGCUCUUCCACCACUUCACCACGGCCAUCGACACCGAGAACAUCCGCUUCGUGUUCCACGCCGUGAAGGACACCAUCCUGCAGGACAACCUCAAGGACAUCAUGCUGCAGUGACGCCCCGCGCUCCCUCGCGGCUCCUCCCGC